UUGUUGCCGCACAUGAUGUUCGUACGUUUUCAUUAGGACACCGGGUUUAGUCAUUAAAAGUGGUAUUUAAUUCAGUUAAAAUGAGAACGUGAUGGUUAAACGGUGAUUAAAUCAUCCGAAAUCUGCAGUUAAAUACAGUAGAGCUUGUUCUUUGUGGUUAAGUUCAGACAGUUAGCCCAUACUGUUAGCUUCAUGCUAGCUACAUUAGCAUCCCGGGGUCAUAGAAAGUAAAUGUGAAUAAACGGCGUAAACAUUGGAUUGAAAUGUUUAUGUCAGUGUAACACGUUCUGUGCGUAAAGACAGACGCACACAGGGGAAAGCUGCGUGUCUCCAGCGGAUGGUAGGGCUGUGUGCGGUUCGAACAUGCUUCCCCAGGCGGGUAAAGAGUUCCUGGUCCGCAUCCGUUUCUUCUGGAGGCCGCUGUUCCAGGGCCGGUUCCUGCUGCUCACCAACACCGUGAGCUGCGGAGGCAUGCUGGGCCUGGGGGACUUCCUGCAGCAGAGCUACGAAAAACGCAAGGACCCGGGCAGAGUUCACGACUGGAAGAGGACAGGUCGUAUGUUUGCGGUGGGCUGCUCCAUGGGCCCGGUGCUGCACUACUGGUACUCGUGGCUGGACAGAGUGUACGUGGGCAAAGCUCUGAACACAGUCGGGAAAAAGGUCUUAGUGGACCAGAUUGUGGCUUCACCAACUCUGGGGAUGUGGUAUUUUUUAGGUAUGGGUCUGGCAGAGGGACGCACCUUAUCCGACGGAUGGGAGGAGUUUAAGGACAAGUUCUGGGAGUUUUAUAAGGCCGACUGGUGUGUUUGGCCUGCAGCUCAGAUGGUCAACUUCUACUUCCUGUCGCCCAAAUUCCGUGUGGUGUACAUAAACGUCGUCACUUUAGGGUGGGACACUUACCUCUCCUACCUCAAACACAGAGACAGUCAGUCUGAGGCUGAGGUUUCAGACGGCGGUUCAGUCGACGUGCAGCAGGAAGUGAUCCCACCGUCCAAACCCCUCAAAGAAAAAGCCUGAACAUGACGUUGAAGCUCUGUGACGAGUCUGUUCUGGGCUUUUUUUUUUUUCCAGAUUAACUGUUAAACCCACCACAUGUUCCUGCAGCUGAAGCACUGGAACACUUUCCUUUUAUUUGUUCUUUUUUUUUUUUUUAGUUUAUUUAUGCUUGAAUGGUACGUUAUCUCCGCUCCUGAAGGACGUUUCAGGGAUAGACAGCUGUGACACUGCCAGUCGCUGUGAUCUGUUUUUAACUGUCAGCUGACAUGGUCUUACUCGACACUUUACCUCCGUUGUCGGCGCUGAUGACCGGACCAAAAGGCUCAUAAUGUUAAUGGUUCCUCGUCCAAAUAUUUGGCCUUUUGUGUCCAAUAUCUGCAACUCCAUAAAACCUGAGAAGAGGGUUUUCGUCUCCUGGCAGCUUCAGUGUUCUGCUGUAUUUUACGUCUAAUUUGCCUUAAUCUGUAGUCUGAGACUACUGUGUUUAAAGCCAAAUAACUUCAAUUUUAACUCUGAGGAAACGUCUGAGACUACACGACACAGAUCGAAAAGGGACGAUUCUUCAGUGUCAGAUAUAUUAUAUAUUUUAUGACAACCCACAGAAUCCUUAGCUGUACAUGUUGUUUAGAUUCCUAAGAGACUGAAGAUGUGCAUUUAAUUUAUUUUCAAUCACUAAUUUUAUACUUUAUAUUUGUCUAAAAAUGACUUGAAAAUCUAUGACAUGCUUACAUGUUUGUAUUUCUAAUUUUGUCGGUUUAAGUAUUGACGUAUCGAUGCUGCUCCGUCAUCACUGUUCAACAGUUUUCCCUUUGUAUAAAACAGGCAUCGUGUACAGAUGUAUUUGUGUAAAGAGUUUAAAGAUGAAGCAUCAAAUAUAGACAUUAAAAUUGUCUUAAAAGUACUCUGCA